AUGAUUUUAUUCUGGUUUCUAUUAGAAGACAAUGUAGAAAUGAUUGAAGAAUAUAAUGAAGAAGAUAAUUUCAUAUCAGAAUUAGAAUCUACACCUGAUAAAUCAUUAAUAAAGUUACUGUUACAUGAUACAGAUACAGCAUUAAAUAUCAAAUCAUCUUUAGUUAUUAAAUUACUGAAAGCUGCUAGUAAUAUUCAUAUCUAUUAUAAAAAUAAAGAAUUAAGAAAUGAGGAUGUAAUAAGUGAUCUGAGAGAUGGUGACCAAAGUAAUUCUAAAAUAUUUCAAGUGCAAUUAUCAAGAAAAUAA